CAAUGCCUAUCACCAUCAGCUGGUAAACGGAAUUUGUAAGACCACCAGCAAUAUACUGAAACGGGUCAACAGCUUCGAUUUAUACCGUCUCGUUCCAGACUUUGUUCCCACGACCGAGCCCGUGAUUAAAACACGUUCUGCACUGCAGUGAACUCCAGGAAUAUAUGUCAUAUAGGGCAUUACUCUGCAACCCAACAAUCACUAUGUAAUCGGAAAAUUGAAGCCAUAUGUGUCUAGCAUCAAAGGUGUCUCGAGAUCUACACUCCUGCUCCUCUUAAAAGUUUGAGCUGGUUUUUUUUUGCAUGGUUGUUGAGCAAGAUUGAAAGGUCUUGUAAACUUCCCAAAGUUCUGGUACUCAGUCGUCGCCCCUUUAUCGCUAUUGUUCUGGUGAAUAAUUUAUUUGUAUUCUUAAAGGUGAUUCUGAAGUUGGAAAGAUGCCCUUGUGAUAUAACCACCCACCUACUACUAUGGAAAUAUGAGCACACCACCCCUUUCCUCAUCUCCAGACAUCUCCACCAACACUAAGCGUUACUGUGAGAUUGAGAAAAUAGGCACCGGUGCAUACGGUACCGUGUACAGAGGUCGCGAUAGAGUGUCCGGAGAUGUCGUUGCUCUUAAAAGAAUACGUGUACAGGCCACGGAGGAGGGGAUGCCAAUGUCAACUCUCCGAGAAAUUGCCCUUUUGAAGCACCUCGAUUCCCACGAACACCCAAAUAUUGUACGGUUGCUCGAUGUUCUUCAUGGUGAGACUACUAAUACAGACAGGAAACUGACGUUGGUAUUUGAACACAUAGACCAGGAUCUUGCAUCUUACAUCGAGAACUGUCCACCUCCAGGCUUGAGCCCGGAAAAAAUCAAGUAUCUUAUGCGUCAGCUUUUGUGUGGCUUAGAUUUUCUUCAUAGCAACCGAAUUGUACACCGUGACAUCAAGCCACAGAAUGUGUUGGUAACCAAUAAAGGAGAGUUGAAGCUAGCUGACUUUGGACUAGCAAGGGUAUAUACCCAAAAUAUUGCAUUGACAUCUGUGGUUGUAACAUUAUGGUAUAGAGCACCAGAGGUCCUACUGCAGGCAAUCUACGCCACACCACUAGACAUAUGGAGUGUAGGUUGCAUAUUUGCUGAAUUAUUCCGAAGAAAACCACUGUUCCGUGGAGAAUCUGAAGUUGACCAGUUGUGUAAAAUUUUUGAUGUGAUAGGCCUGCCCCCUGUGGAUAAAUGGCCUGACAGUAGCUUACCGUGGAGCUCUUUUGCGGGCUGUGUUCGAAGACCUCUGGAGGAUCUGGUACCCGAGAUCUGUAGAGAUGGUCUGGACUUACUUGAGCAAAUGCUGCAGUUUGACCAGAAUGCAAGGAUAAUCGCAUCUGAUGCCUUACAGCAUCCUUACCUGAUGGAUGAUGACGAUGAUGAUGAAGAUGACGAGGAUGAGGAUGAUGAAGAAGAUGACGAUGAUGAAAAUGAUGCUGAAGAUGAUUUAACAAUGGCCUCUCAAGAAUCUAAAGAUUCGUCAGAAGUGAUGAGUGUAGCUGGAACCAGUGAUGGACGUAGCAGUAGUAGGGAGUCAUCCUCAAGACCUACCUCCUCCACAGACACAUCAAUCUCAUCACAGUCCAUCUCCUUGACGACAGAAUCCUCCACCGAUGGCUCCUUGUUUUUGGACCCACUUCUGGAUGAACUACGACCAGGAAUUUCAAAGGAAUCAUGAUCCGAUUUAAACAAAAGUAGAAAUUUAAAAUUAUAUAUAUUUUUUUGGUUGAAAAAAAGAAGAAAAAGAUUUAUUUACUUUGGUAAAGCCUUAUUCCACUAUUUGGAGAAUAUGACUAAUAGAAGAAUUAUCUUUAGCCUACUCAGCAUCAUAAUUUGAGAUUAGUUUGAGCUGUAUUUUAGGCAGUAGUAAUGUUGCAAACUUUAGUUAAGAUGCUGUUCUUAAGUAUUUUUCAUGAAAUAAACAGGUAUGUUUAUGUAUGCUCUUUUAUUGAAAUAUAUUUCCUACGCAGAGUAAUAUUGGAGAUUUUCACACUCUGAAUUUACAGUAAUUAUUGGCUUUAGUUGGAAAGUAAUUGAUUUACAUGUAAUAUUAAUGUAGACCUGCCAAGUUCGGGUAAAUCAAUUAUGGGAUAGUUACGGGCGGGAGGAGUACACCACCUCAGCAUUGGCAUAUCUAGGGAUGCGUGGGGGGGCCCCCCCCCCAAAAUCACUUGCAAGUACAGUAGUUAAAAAUCACCUAAAAUCACCUUAUUUUGCGAGUUAGCACCCUUCAACUGAACAUCGAGGCUCCGACUUCACCUUCGCACCCCCAUUUCAAAACUUCUAGAUACGCCACUGCACCUCAGGCCGAGGUUCAAAUUUUGCUCCAAAAUGACCUUGCAACGACCUUAUAAGAAAGGCAAAGCACCCCAAAUUGUGGCUUUCCAGUAACCAGUUUUAACUUUUUGUACUUAUUGUGCUGAAUAGGUGCAGGGGAGAUAAAGCAAUUGAAAAACUUGUGGUUCUAGGCAAACUUUUCCUUUAUUUUGCAGUUCCACUCUUGUUGUGUGUAUGAACCUAUUUAACUUAAGAAAUGCAUGACUCCUACAACAUUUUAAAAAUGUAGACGGGAUCCAGGACAAUAAUUUUGUGUGACUUUUGAACUAAAUGCCUAUAUGCUUGGCAGGUCUCUUAAUGUAGUAUAAUGAACUUUCAGUUACAGAAAAUAUAUCAUUCAAUGAUCAUGUUAAAAACUGUAAUCGAUUCUAAUAAUAUAAUUUCAGAGUAAAAGAAAAAUAUACAUGCAAGUGUGUAUAUAAAACGGAAUUAACGAGGCUCAAACAAAUUGUUUUCUAACACUGUACAGGCAAGAAGUGCAUAGUAUAUAGGCCUAGUAAAGAACCUGCUGAGAUGUAUAGCUCAGACAUGAUUAUUAUCACUCAAAUAUAGAAUCUAGGAAACUGUGGGCAAAGCUAGUGAUAGGCAUGAUGAUAAAUAAUGUGGGUAGUGUUUUUUUAUCUCAGUAUACAAAUAUAAAGAGUGGAGUAUCCGGCAAGUGCUUUAACUUUACAAAUACAAAAUCAUGUAUGAGAGCAAAAUACCAAAUCAUAAGACUAGUC